AUGAACAAACGAGAAGAUGACGAUUUGGAAAUGAGCAAGAUGGGCCUGGUGGAUGGGGAGAUACACCAGGACAAAGACAAGGUGACGGGAGAUCCCCCCAAGCCACAGACCACCGCCAGCCGUACCAUCGAUAUGGCAUGUAUUCUCCUGAAUAUCGCGAGUACUGUUACUCUGGUUUUUCUAAACAAAUGGAUCUUCCGAGACCCCCAAUUGAAGAAUAUGCAAAUAUCUUUCGCAAUGUGGCAUUUCACAUGUACAACAAUCGUUCUCUGGAUCGCCAGUCGAUCCCCGUUCAAUCUAUUCGUGCCCAUACGGCUGCCGUUCCUGCAGAUGAUCCCGCUCUGCAGUUUCUUCGCGGGCUUUUUGAUUUUGGGGAACUUGUCUUUGGCAUAUAAUUCUGUUGGAUUCUACCAAUUGGCUAAAAUCAUGACCACACCUUGCGUUGCGGUCCUUCAAUACUUCUUCCUGGGCAAAACCGUUGCUGGACUCACAAUUGUCGCUUUAGCAGCCGUGUGCAUCGGCGUAUCACUUACGAACUCCAAUGCAGCAGGGACAACAACUUUGGGUGCCUCGAUUGCUGUUGCUGCCUUCACAGUGACGGCCUUCUACCAAGUCUGGAUUGGUAAGAAAAUGAAGGAUUUCGCCGUAUCGAGUCCACAGUUGCUCUUGAACCAAGCACCUAUCUCGGUACUGCUUUUGGUAUUUGUAGCGCCAUUCUUCGACACUGUUCCAGAUAUCAAGAUAAUCCCAAAUGAUACACUUAUCGCUUUGUUCUUAUCUGGUAUUGCGGCCGCAGCAUUGAACUUGAGCCAGUUUCUUAUUAUUGGUAGAAUGAGUGCUCUUACAUUCAACGUUGCAUCAAAUGUAAAAACAAUUCUAAUUCUCACAUACGGUUGGGUCAGCGAAGGACGCGAAAUGACCGUCAAGGAUGCUCUGGGUAUCAUACUUGCGCUCGGAGGCGCUACAUUAUACAGCCAACUCUCCCAGAAAUGA